AUGCCUCCUGCAGGGUUCCAAGCGCCGGAUCCUUUAGCCUUAGAUGGCCUUGCGAGCGCAUGGGAGCGCAACCGGUCCAUCAGGAACCGCGUAAUGCAAAGUGGAAGUUUGCUGCAGUGGCCUGAUUCGAAGAAAGUUGGUGUGAUCAGCUUUGAGACUAUGAGCUACAACUACAAGGUGCUCUUACGUCUACUUAGAAUCUGGCUUCCAGAUCUUGAGAAGCUGAAAACCAUCAACGUCUAUGCUGCCCGUCGUGAGGUGCAAGUGGAUGCAGGGCAGUCUUCCAUGAUACGACUCUGCGCAUGGGCCAAGGAUAGCUUGGUUCAGAUGCUCUACGAUGAGCUUCUGAAGUACUUUGAGCCUGUGGCAAAGCCACAGAAUGUUGACAAAUCAAAGUCGGAUGAUGACCUUGAUACGCCAAUGACGCAGGCUGAGCUUAUGGAUGGUGAUGAUGAUAUAAUGGAUUGCGUUGAUGAUGCGGAGUUGGCUGCUCUCCUUGGCUGUAGGGCUGGGACAGAGGCUGCAAAGUCCAAUUCGCCAGGUAGCCUCCCAAGUUUGGGCUCAUUUGAAACCUCAGGAACAGGCUCCAGUGGUUCCCGGGAGUCCUUGCACACGGGUUUGACCUCGGACCUUCAGGACAAGUUGGUUGUUUCUGAACUGAUGGUUGGUAAGAGUCCAACUCCUGGUACCCCGCCCCGAGUGGUUGCCAAGAAGAAGCAUGUGGAGCCGGUGGUCAUAGAGGACAGCCCCGCGUGUCCGCCCCCCCCGGCUAAGAAGGCCAAGGCGUUGGAUGAAGAAAAGCGUCUUCGCGUGGAAUAUUUGAAGCCUCUGCAAGCUCGGGUUGGGCCUCAGGUGCCAGAUUUUGCGGCUGACACCCAGGUCAUGGACAUGUCUCCAGUGGCAAGGGAUUUGAAGAAGAUGUUUGAUAAGGCUGCGUCAGAGAAGGCUAGCGCAUUCUCAGACAAGGCCAUUGCAUUGGAGAAUGCAAGCGGGACAUCUCGAAGCGAGCCAGCAGUGGCGGACUCUUCGGCAAAGCCUGUGCCUGAACAUGAGGCAGACCCUGAGGAGUCCACUAAGGCUCCCGCAAUCGAGAAGACGGAUGAUGAUGAGGAGGAUUUGUUUAAUGUUGAGCCCAAAGAAUUCCUUACGCGUGAGUCGCAGUUUGCUGACAAAAAGCCGGCAACAGAAGAGCAGCUAGAGGAGGCAGGUUCCGAUGCUGAGAGGGUAAUGAAAAAGCCUGCUGCGAAAGCAAAAGCCAAAAGUAAAGCCAAGGCAAAGGCCCAAGCAAAGGCCAAAGCAAAGGCCAAAGCAAAAGCCAAAGCAAAAGGCAAGGCAAAAGGUAAGCCAGGCAGACCAAAGGGUAGUGUGGCCAAGACAACAGCCAAAGAUGAUGGUGAUGAAGAAGAAUGCGCAGAUGAUGCUAAAGAUGAGCAGCCAGCCCCAGUAGAGGAGGAGGAGCAGGAAGCUUCGGCCGAGUUGGGGGAACCCCAGUCCAAGGGUUCUAGUGAAAAAGAUUCCGAGGAAGACAAGCCAGAGGAGAAGCCAGCUGAGCAUGUUAGGGCCACGUUUGCCAGGCGCUACCGGCCUGAGACUUGUGUCUUCGCAGGGAAACGCUGGGAUGCCAUUCGUUCUGCCUUCAUGCUGAACAUCGCUGGUAAAGUGUGCAAUGCAUCCAAGGUGGAGGCAUCCUUCUGGAAACACUGCAUGGAGUUCAUCAAGGAGGGGGCCGGCAAAGUCGAUGGCACGAAUAUUCACAAGAUUUGCGAGAAGGCUGUGCCAGGCUUUAUGGCUUUGGAGGAGACACAGGGCAUCUUGGAGCUACCUGGUCUGAUUUCCUACGAUGCUGACGCACAGCUUCUUGAGUCCUAG